AUGAAGCGUGAUCAGUUUUGGGAGCAUGCGGCCAAACAUUUCAAUGAAAACUCACCUGGAGGUCACCGAGAAGGAAAAGAUCUUUCAACUCGGUGGGCCAAGCUCCUGGCAGCUGUGACGAAAUUUUGCGGGAUAUACGCAUCCAUCAAGCGCAACCCACCGUCUGGAAGCGAGACACUCGAUUGGCUUAGUCAGGCAAAGACACUCUUCUUGGAUCAAACUGGAAAGCCGUUUGUCUUCGAGAGUGCGUGGAUGAAGCUCCGAGAUACCCCAAAAUGGCGAAUCCUGUUGGAUAAGACACCAGCGCCGACCCUUCUUUCUUACUUUCCUGGUAGGAUGGCUGUUAUAAGCGGAGCUAACUCUGACGCCUCCAAAUCAACAGAAACUGAAAUGGGUUAUUGA